UUCUGAUAUUCAUGAUUGAGAUCGUUUUGGGUGGUACUUGAGCAUUGAGACUGUCAUGGAUACUCCGGCUGUUGGUCAGCGACGAUCCUAUGCUGGAGAUCUGUGUACCGUUUGCUAUGUUGGUACGGUAGAGGGUACCGCCGGCGACUGGUUGGGGGUGGAAUGGGAUGAUCCGAGUCGCGGAAAGCAUUCGGGCGAGCAUAAGGGGGUGAGAUACUUCACAUGUCUGCGCAAUCACCCCACGGCUGGGUCGUUCGUGCGUCCGUCGCGCCCAGCGGACAAGCCGCGUGGGCUGGUCGAGGCACUGCGCGAGAAGUACGCUUCGGAGUACCUGGAGCAGGAGCUUGCUCGACAGCUCCAGCAGACGGACUCUGUCGCCCUGCAAAAGCCCAUCCAGAUCAGCGGAAAGGUUGUCGAGGAGGUCGGGUUCGACAAAAUCCGCAAGCAACUGGCCGAGCUUCAGGAACUGAAGAUCGUCUUGCUGGAUGGCUUGCGGGUCGCUGGCGUGUUGGGCCACCAGGCUACCACGGAAGAAGUGGAGUCUGCGUAUGAAGAGAUCGAGCAGACUUGUCCUAAGAUCACGGAGCUGGAUUUGAGUCGGAACCUGUUGACUAGCUGGAGCGCCGUGGCGAGGAUCUGCGAGCGACUCAAGCACCUCAAAUCCCUGAAGCUGGGUGGCAAUCGAUUCGGUCCCGUCGAAGAAGGCCUUACAUUCAACAAGAUCACCGAGCUAUACCUCGAUGAGACGCUUCUUGCCUGGGACGAGAUCUCCGCCAUCACCCACCAAUUCCCCUCUCUCACUCUCCUCUCCGCCUCCGCCAACCAACUCUCCACUAUCUCCUCACCACUGUCCGGGAACAUCACCCGCCUCACCCUCGAAAACAACGACUUCACCUCCCUCUCCGCCCUCAAAUCCCUGACCUCUUUGCCCAACCUCCAACACCUGUCCCUCCGCUCCAACGCCAUCAGCACCAUCACCACGCCCGAAGAGCUCACCCCGCUAAUCUUCCCAUCCCUAACCUCCCUCGACCUCUCCCGCAACAAAAUCUCCACCUGGCUCUUCCUUAACCACCUCCCCACCACAUGCCCCGCCCUCACGACCCUCCGCAUCUCCACCAACCCGCUCUUCGACGGACCCGUCGGCCCAACGUCGAUCACCGGCCUCCCCGAGAAGCCCAUGACCGUCGACGAAGCCUACAUGCUCACACUAGCGCGGAUAGCCAACCUCCAGGUCCUGAACUACGGCACCAUCACGCCCAAGGACCGCACCAACGGCGAACUGUACUACCUCUCCCUCAUCACGAAGGAACUCUCCGCCACGCCCAAAGCGGAAGAACCGGCGAUCCUGGCCAAGCAUCCGCGGUAUGCGGAGCUGUGUGAAUUGCACGGGGAGCCGGAGAUCCGGAGGACGAGUGCGGAGGAUGCAGCUGGGAAAGUGGUGAAUCCUCGGUCGGUGGCUGCGCGGUUGGUGAAGUUUGUGUUUUAUUUGAGGCAGAACGAGGAUGGUGGGCUUAAGGAGAAAGCGGAUGAGGUGGUCAAGACGAGAGAGAUCCCCAGGUCCUUCGAUACGUACCAGGUUAAGGCGAUUGCGGGGCGGUUGUUCGGGCUCCCUGCUUUUGGACUGAGGUUGGUGUGGGAGACGGAUGAGUUGGAUCCGGUUAGUCGGGAGAAGAUGGAGGAUGAGGAGUGGGAUAGUGAAGGGGAGGAUGAGCGCGGAGGAGAUGUAGAUGCGGAUGGGGAUCGGUUUGUCAAGAGAGAGGUGGACUUGGUGGAAUCGACCAAGGACAUUGGGUUCUGGGUUCAGGCUGAUGUGUCGGAGGUCCGGGUGAGGGUUGAGGUGGUGGAUUUACGUUGAGGUGAUAGAAUCAUGGUCAACUGAACAAUUUCUCUGUCCAGACGAACAUGUUGAUUAGAGGUUAUUCUAGAAUCUUGAUGAGUUAUG